GACACGAUAGCGAGAUACGCAAUCGGUUUAGUCGCGAAACUUUCUACGCAGAACGAACGUCGCCGUCGUCGCCGAGCGUUCGCCGCUCUACGUCUCUCGUCCAAAAAACGCGUGAUCUUACCAAACAAAAACGGUAGAUACAGAUAGAUAUCACGUCGAAAUACUCUAUCAAAAAGUUUAUUCUAAACGACCUGUAUCAACAAUGACUGUGACUAUUCACGUGACGUCAUUAAAAUUUGUUUAAGUGAUCUCGGGUUGUUUAAAAUUAUUUUACUUUUUUAUUCGAAAAAAUUUUAAGUGAUGAUUAAUUUUCAAAGAUUGUGAUUUGAAUAUUGAUUCUAUCUUAGUGUGGAUAAGUGUUAAUAAUAAAUUUGUUUAUAAAUUAAUAUAUUUAUGGACCUUUGGACUCCAAAUUCUAUAAUGGACCAAAUCGGUGAUUUUGAAGGCGGUUUUGAGCCUCAAAGCAGGGCUCGGUGUAACACGUGGCCGUUACCGCGGCCUGAAAACUACGUCGAACCGCAGGAGGACGGCAGCGGCAACAAGUUGCCCUCGGGCCUUCCUGUGCCGACUCCGGCGGCCGUUCCUGCUAAGAAAAACUCCAGCAGGAGAAACGCAUGGGGAAACCUCAGCUACGCCGAUUUGAUUACUCAAGCAAUCACUUCAGCAACAGAUAAACGUCUCACCCUUUCGCAAAUCUACGAGUGGAUGGUUCAAAACGUGCCCUAUUUUAAGGAUAAGGGUGAUAGUAACUCUUCAGCAGGAUGGAAGAAUUCCAUCCGACACAAUUUAUCGCUUCACAAUAGAUUCAUGAGGGUUCAAAACGAAGGUACCGGGAAAUCAUCUUGGUGGAUGAUCAACCCAGAUGCAAAACCCGGCAAAUCGGUGAGGAGAAGAGCGGCGUCGAUGGAAACGAGUAAAUUUGAAAAACGAAGGGGGCGAGUUAAGAAGAAGGUUGAUGCGAUGAGAAAUGGUUUACCUUUGGACCCCACUUCUAGUCCUAGUUCAUCAGUCCACGAAGGGUUAGAUGAUUUUCCAGAUUCACCUUUAGGAAGCUUUAAUCAAUCAAGUCCUGAUUUUCGACCAAGAACCUCAUCGACAACCUCAUCUUGCGGAAGAUUAUCCCCAAUACCAUCGAUGAGUCACGAACCGGAUUGGGGCCGAAUAAACCAAUACAACUCAAAUUAUAGCCCCGAAAUGGGUGGUAAUUAUUCCCCGGAUACUCUUGCUGGUUCUUUGGAGCAAGGGAUGAAACUUCAAUCCGAUUACGACCUUUAUAUCAACGGUAGCAUCCAACAGCAACAAACCCAACAACAACCACCACCACCUUACCAAGGUCAUUUCGAUUCAUUUUCACCUUGCAGAGAUUUAAACACCCUUCACACCAACUCUAACUAUUCAAUUAAUCAAUGUCCAAUUCAUCGUCAUCAACAAUGUGGAUGUACACAAAUAAAAACAGAAAAUAUGUCCCCGCCACAUUUAUCACCGGUUAUGCACGGAAUCCAAUCUGGGGGGUGUAUGCAAAUUAAAACUGAGAAUAUGUCCCCCGCUUCAUUAUCACCGACAUUUUCUCAAUCGGAUUUAACACCCGAUAUGAUAACCGGACAAUACGCGGUGUUAAAUAGACCUAGACCGCCGUCCAACAGUCCACCUCAUACGCCUCAAUCGGCUGUGGGGGCCGUCCAACAAGGUACAACGAUGAUGGGUCAAUUAAUGGGUGCUCUUAACACCACGGGGAUGCUCGACGAUCUCAAUAUUAGCGUUGAACCGCUUCAGGGCGGUUUCGAUUGCAACGUUGAAGAGCUUAUUAAACACGAAUUAAGUAUGGAGGGUGGUUUGGAUUUUAAUUUUACAAACACUCAUCAUACCAUCCAAACCGAUACUAAUAUGGGGCCACAACAAAGCGUGGCACCACCUUCUUAUACAGCUACGGUUACGACAAAUCCUUCAUGGGUUCAUUAACAUCAAGGGUUUUUCAUCUAUAAACGUCCCUACUUAAGAUGUUCAUGAACCCAAUCGAAAAUCGAAGGAUUUUUUUUUUUUAAAUAAGAAACGAAAAUGUGUACAUUGCGCGCGAAUUUGAUCUCGUACUAUUUACUACUACAUACUAAUUAAAAAAAAAUUUAACAAAAAAAAAAUAGAUUAAAAAAUAAAAAAGGUUUCGCCUCGCUUUCGGUGUAUACCCUCCCGUGUAAAACGACGCCGCGGUUUAACAUUUAAAUGUUCUUCGAUGUCGUACUAUGAUCCCAACAGGUGCCAUGUUUUUAAUUAAUUAAUGAAAAAAGUUAAAUUAAAAAAAAAAACAUUUUUUUAAGUACAUAAAAAUAGAUGAUAGAUUUUAAUUUUAAAAGAUUUAAAAAUGCGUAAUAUUAAUAAAGAAAUUCGUCGCCAAGCUCAUCUGUGUCAAUUUUUAAUGAGAAAAGAAAUCGGUGUGCAUUGAACGUUUUGUUUUUUUAUUUUUUAAUUUUUUAUUUUUGAAUUCAGGCAGCCUGUUAUUUAAAGAAAAAAAAUUAAAGAAACAAAAACGAUUAAUCGUGUGUGUGUAUAUACGUGUGUAUACAGAAAAACAAUUAAAAAAAAAACGAAUCCCUCGAGUCCCUUAAUUUUUAUUCUCCUCACCCAAAAUUUUUAAAAACGGAUGACGUAAAUGUGUAUAUUAUAAAUAAAUUAAGAAGAAAGAAAGGAAAUUAGCUCUAAAGUUAGGAUUAGAUUUGUUUUUUUUUUUCGUGGGGAAAAGAGAAAAUCAUUUUUUGUUGUUAAUUAAAUAGUUUAAGUUAAAUUUUUUUUUAAUUAUUAUAUUUUUCACCCAACCCCGAUCAUUUCUUGUCAUUUUGGUACUGGUCAUAAUCAUAAUUUGUAUCGUUUUUUUUUGUCAUCGAUAAAAAUCAUUAUCGAUUUAGUUUUUUCUUUUUUUUAUUUUAAUUAGUUAAUAUAAUUUUUUUUUAAUUUUAUUAUUAAUGUAUAUUGUACAUUUUUUUGAUGAGUAGAGAUGUUCUAUUUUGUUAUUUCGAGUAAAGUUAGUUAAUUUUUAGGCAUUGUAUCUAAUAAAUAGGAGAAGUUAGCAAAUUUUCUUAAUUAUUAAAAAAAAAAUGGAUUAAUAAAAACCGUAGGACAAUUGCGUAAUAUAAAAAAAGAAUUUUCAAUAAUUUAUAAAAAUAAAUUCGGUUUUUUUUUUAAUUUUCCUUAUUAUUAUUAGCUUAAAUCAAAAAAAAAUAAGGAAAAUAAAUAGUCAAUUACUACAUUUAAAUCCUCCGAGACAUUGUCAAUUGUUGAAAGACACAAAAAGAUGUUUUUUAAAAUAAAAAUUAUUAUUAUUAUAUACUUAAGUCAUAAUGCGCAAGAACAAAAGCGAAAAAGGAGUCACUACACGCAUAAGAAAAUGUUUUAUGAAAAGAAAAAAAUAAAUAAAAUAAAAAUACCGAUUGUGUACCUCAUAUGUUGUCCGAAUUCAUUAUAUUGUAAUUGUUGAAUCGUUUGUGAUAUCGUUUUAAUGUCAUAGAAUGGACGAGAAUUAUUAAGAGGAUAAUAUCAAAAGAAAUAA